AUGGGCCGAAAGAGCAGGAGUGUGACUCAGUGGAUGAUGAACUUGAAGCGAAGCUGCUCUUGGUUCAAGGAUAGGCUCAUUUAUCAAGGUCCCAGGGAUGUGGAUGCCCCCCUCGCUUCUACAAACAUGGAUACUUUUUCGUGUUUGCAAUCCCGGGACUUGCCUUGUGGCGGCAAGAUGGAUUUCAGAAACUAUCAAUCUGGUGUGGAGGCCUAUAAUCCUCAAUUUUUUAAUAGACAAUCCAGGUUCGUCCUAUCGUUUUCCAAAAUUGAGCAGAGAAGAUCUCCUGGGGGUUCAGGCCAAGCUUGGUGGAAUAAUUAUCUUGGUAGAUUCGGGACUAUAGACGCCGCAUACAAGAGAGCUUUCAAAAGCUGCCCUUUCUGCCAAAAUCUUAGAGAAGACGGAAGGCAUGCUUUGCUCGAACAGAUCGCAACUGACAACAAACUUCCUUUAACCAUUUCUGCCAAUUAUCAAAAACUUUGCUCCUCUGCCCAAUUGACUGUCCUUGCUAAAGAAAGACCUAGUUCUGGCUCGGCCUCAUCUGUUCCGGAGAUUCCCACCUUAGUUCAACGGAGGCAGAGCUCAGGGAGGGUAAGUGUUCCUCUCGGCCCUAUGCCCAAAGCUUCUAACCUUUCCAGACUUCGCGAUUCUCAGACCACUCCAUUCGCUUUUCGCUAUUCAGGCAUAAAGAGGUCGCUGUUGGGGGAGGCUAAUCCAGUUGGUGAUACUCAGGCUCAACCUGAAGCUGCCCAAGCUAAACGGGUCGGGAUUCUCACCCCAGAGGCUCCUGAAUUGGCUUCAACUACUCCCCUAGAUUCUAACCUUCCUGGUCCGAGCCCUGCUCCGACUCUUGCUGUGGGAGUCCUGUUCACCCGUUUUUGCGUUUACUCCUAUGAUGGAAGGGCAAAGUUCCCCACUGCCUUGAGAACCAUAAACUGGUCAACAAGUCAGCUUUCUUUGGUGUGCGAGCGUGCCACUGCUAGCAAAAAUUUCUAG